AGUUAUUUAUACGAUAUUGAUAAACUUCAAGAAAACCGUGUGAAAAGUUCAAAAUUCAGAUAUAUUAAAAUGGAAUAUGCUUUAUUUAAUUGGAAACUUGAAAAUUUUUUGAAUGCAUCUCUAAGACUUAGCGGUUUCAAAGAUCCACGUGAGCAAAUGUUGCUUUUCGAUGCUGAUAAAAAACAAAGUAAGCAAAAACAAGGCCGAUAUUCCGAAUUUCAGGCAAUUGUUCUUGCAGGUUAUGGUCAUAGACUAUAUCCAUUAUCCGAAGAUAAUAAUCUUCCUAAAGCUUUAAUUCCAAUAGCCAAUAAGCCAAUGAUCUUUUAUGCCUUGGAUUGGCUGGAGAGAGCAGGAAUUUUUGAUGUAUUAGUUAUUACUGAAGCAACUGGUGAACACAAAAUUGGCCAUUAUCUUAAAAAUGACUAUGAAGGGAAACUAAAACCAAAUAUGGAAGUAGUUAGGGAGGAUGUUGGAACGGCCGAUGUAUUGAGAAUUUUCAGUGAAAAAAUAAAGAGCGAUUUUAUUGUAAUGAGUUGUGAUCUUGUUUUUGACUUGGUGCCUCAUCGAUUAUUGGAUUAUCAUCGAACACAUGAUCCAACAUUUACAACAUUAUACUUUGAACCAAAUAAAUCUGAGGGUGGCGGUGGAAGUAGUGGUAGUAAUAAGGAUGAUAAAGAAGAUCCAAAACAAUUUGUUGGUGUGGAUACCAAUAGAUCACGUAUUGUAUAUGUCGCAUCUAGUGCUGAUCUAGAGGAAGAAUUUUCUUUACGCAUGUCAUUACUAUGGAAGUUUCCAUGUAUAGACAUUCAUACAACCUUACAAGAUGCGCACCUUUACAUCUUCAAACGAUGGGUAAUUGAUUUAAUUGUACAGAGAAAGGCUAUUUCUAGCGUACGAGAACAUCUUGUUCCCCUACUUAUAAAAUGCCAAUAUCAAAAAAAGCUGUUGGAUAGUGAGGGUAUUAACAAGUUGGCAGCAACAUACGAAAAUUUUCAAAAAACUGCACUUAAAUAUUCUGCUUCAGGGGAUGACAAAAAUUCUCCAAUGACGAAGAUACAUGUUGAUCCGCGUGUAUCUCCAUCUGCAGAAAUAAAUUCAAAGGCACAAGUUGGAUCGGAUUCAUUAGUUGGCGAUGACACGAAAAUUGAUGAACGUACGUCCAUCAAACGUUCAACAAUUGGCACACAUUGUAUAAUUGGCAAAAAUGUCAAAAUCUCAAACUCGAUACUAAUGGAUAAUGUCGUCAUUGAGGAUAAUGUCAAAUUGGAUGGGUGUGUAAUUUGUAACGGCGCUAAGAUAAUGGAAAAAUCUCAAUUGAAAGAUUGUGAAGUUGGUGGUGGCUAUGUUGUUGUUUCUGAAACACAAGCAAAAAAUGAGCAACUUGUUGAGUUUCGUGACAUGGACUAA